AGGAGGACAGGCUUGGUGGGAAAUAGAACUGGACCCAUCUGCAGGGCACAAAGGAGUUAACAGCGAGGGAAAAUUUUGGGCUCUGUCAUCAGCCAAUGAAGGAGGAGCUUGACAGUGCAGCUGACUCAUAAUCAGCCGAGCUGGAGCCUGCGUUGCACAUCUGUUUGCUAGAGAUCGCCUCCAGAGCCCUCGAUCAGAGAUCUGUCCUGUGUGGUCUUUCCCCACGUUUUUCCAAGUCCUCUUUGCCGUCACAGAAUGUCCAGCCUGAUGCCCGUCCUUUCCCAGAAAGAACUGGAUAGCAUUUCCCUGACCAGGACAGGAUUUGGGUUUGCUCUCAAAGCCUUCCAUGUGCCUCGGAAUAUAGACGUCUCCCUGAAGCUGUUGACUGGCCGGAAUGCAACGGAGAGAGAUUUGAAGGCACUGCUUCAAGAGGUGGCCAACACCCGAUACAUCCAGUGCGACAGGCUCAUGCCUUCUCUUGGCAUCUGCCACUUCCAAGGUCUCAGUGUCGUCACUGAAUGGAUGCACAAUGGAUCUCUCAGUUUGCUCAUCCAUGAGCAUGAACUCUACCCAGAACUGCCUUUUCCUCUAUGUGUGAGAAUCCUGUCAGAUGUGGCAGAAGGUCUAAGUCAUCUACACAGCUUGGAGCCACCUGUCCUACACCACAGCCUCAAACCCUCCAAUGUCCUGCUAACUCUAGAGUACAGAGCUAAGAUAUCAGAUUAUGGCCUAAAGACCUGGAGAAGGCAGCAGCUAAGGUCUGUCCUGGAGAACUGUAACAACAGAAGUUGCUGGGAUUUGCUCUGUCUCUGCCCUGAAAUACUUCAGGGAGGGAGCUUCUCGCAAGAAGGCGAUGUUUACAGCUUUGGAAUGAUGUGUUGGGAAACCCUCAGCAGACAGAAGCCAUGGAAAGGAAAGAAGACUUUGCUGGAAGCCGUGACGUGCGUCUGCAACGGCGUGCGGCCUGGGAUUGAGCCAGAGUUCAUACCAUACAGCCUGCCGCAUCGCAACAAGCUACUGCAGCUCAUCCUUCUGUGCUGGCAUGAAGAGCCCAGUUAUAGGCCAAGAGCCGCAGAAUGCACAGCACUUCUACGGAAUAUUCUCGGAACAUUUGGGAAGGAGAUGAUGUCUGAUGCAAUUUACAAUUUGAUUCAUGCAAAGGAUUGUGCGAUAGAUGCUGCUAAAGGCCCUGUUUCUCAUGUUCUGGAAACAGACAUGCAUAAUUUGGAGGCAAUCUGUGCUCAGAACAACAAUGGGCCCAGCAAGAAAAUUACUCUGAGAGCCCAGAGCUUGUCAAGUGAAGGAGGGCCAGGCAAAGACGGUAACCAGACAUUCCUCGCCAGUAAAACCCUUCAUGACACGGCCUUUGAAAAAGGCCAACCAGCCUGGGGCAGCAAAGGACCAAGUCCUCCUCCACAUUCCUUACCCAGCCUUCUUACGCCUGAUUUAAGCGUGGGUGGGGAAAGCACCUUGCCAUUUUGCGAAGAGGCAGAAGCUUGGGAGCAGCCUCUGGCCCAAUUCGGGCAGAGACCCGACCUCGGCCCUCCUUACAGUAGCCUUCAGUACUGGCCUGAAAAGACAUUAAGAGAACCUUGCUGCAAAGGAAGGAGCUGCUCCAUCCUAGCCUGCGGCCGAGAAACCAUCUUGAGCUGUAUGACAGAAGGCUGCUUGAACCGCCUCUUGGACGUCCUGCGCUCCCAGCAGCUCUUGUCCAGGACAGACUAUGAAAAGAUCACCUCGUUCCCCACCUUGACUGGCCGGGCCCGGGCUUUGCUCGACACCUGCCUUUGCCUUGGGGAGAAGGCUGCCCAAACGGUGGUGUCUGUAUUAUCUGCCAGCAAAUGCAGACCUUUGCUCCGAAGCAUCCGGGCAAAUUCAGUAAAUUAAAUCCGUUACCACGCAGGGUUUUUUUUUUUAAUUUUUAAAAAAUCUCUCUCUCCAAAAGAAAAACGUAUGUCUCUGUGAAUUGGUAAUUGGCAAUGGCAAUGGGUUCAUUGCGCCUUCAUUACCCGCUGUUGUGGAUGAAGCUCUCGUGCUACUUCUGCUCAGAGACUUUUAUCCUCUUAAAGGAGAAACGUGAGUUGGAUUAAGAAAUCGCGUGCCUGCAGUAAUAACAUCCACGUCCUUUUAAUACCGAUGGUCGCCCGGUUGGACAUUUGAGAAGUUGGAAUUGUGUUGCAGCUGGUCAAGUUUCUUCUCUUCGCCUCCUUGUUGAAGAGAGCCGGCAGCGGGCUCUUGUUUUCAGACUGCACGGCAGGGGACGGCGGAGGCUUGGCAAAUAAAAAGGAAGGGGCAUUUGAGGGCAGCGCUGCCCAAGGGAAACAGGGAGAAAAGGCUGCUGAGGUGAGCAGAACACAAGGCCGACAUGACUAAGACAUUGCAGCAAAGCACCUUCUUCCAGAGGAAACUUUGUUAAUGGCUGAGUUUCAGGAAGGCUUUCAAGCAAACAGCGAGGUAUUGGCUCAGCCCUCUCGAGCAAAUGAUUCUUUUGCAAUGUACGCCUGAAAUCUAGGCAGGUUCUGAAAACAAUGCCGUUGGAUGCGCCUAGGUGAAGAAUGUUGGCAUUCUGCAGCCAACUGUGUCCACUGAAAUUGGUGGCAGUUAGUGACUUGGCCAUGUGCAGUGGCCGAAAAAAAUGAUGGGAAGACCCAGGUCAACUUGACACUAAAGCCAUGUGUGUUUGGCUCUGAGAGAUCUCUUGGGAACCCUACAUAAGCUGCACUGAGCUCUCUGGAGGCAGAGGA